AUGGGCCUUCCCGCCGCCGCCGUGGCGGGCUCCGUGCUGGCGCCGGGCCUUGUGCCUUUGACGCCUCGGGUCCCAGCCCUGGACCUCAGCGCGGUGGUCGCAGACCGCGGCCCCACCAGCCAACCCGAGGCGGAAACGUGCUGCCGGGACCACCCGCCUGACAAGGUGGUGGUGCGGGCGGCGCCUUUGCAGCAAGACAACGGCCAAGGUGCGCCGGCCCCCAAGCGCUUCCUGAGCCACGUCUUCGAGGGCCUGGCCGCCCGGCGCCCGCAGGGUAGCCGCCCCGCGACGGAGCCCUCGAGAGCACAGAAGGGCAUGAGCCUGGGGUUCGACGUUGCUUUCCCCCUCGGCCUCGUCUUCCUCCUCUUCAAGCAGUGGCGAAGCGUCCUG